AUGCAAGUUGGAUCUCCUCUUGAACAGAGUGCACAGGAGACCAAUGAUGCAGGCAGGGCCUUCGGGAUCGCCACACCUGGCGAUCAGCACAAAGGGAAAAAGUUUUGUCCUUUGACUCCCGUCCUUGUUUAUCCUUCUAGUUUCCAAAGCUCAGGAGUCACCCUGGAGGAGAGACACAGAGAGAGCUGGAGUCAUGUUAGCCUUCUGGAAGGAGAAAAAGAAGCUGUGUCGGGGCUCAGCAGUAACGACGCCUCCACAGAAGAAGAUGAUGGGGAGCCCAAAGUCUGCCGUGUGUGUGGAGACAGGGCCACCGGUUACCACUUCAAUGUUAUGACCUGUGAAGGGUGCAAGGGAUUUUUCAGGCGAGUCAUGAAACGGAACGUUCGGUUGAGAUGCCCCUUCCGGAAGGGCACUUGUGAAAUCACCCAGAAGACCCGGAGGCAGUGCCAGGCUUGCCGCCUUCGCAAGUGCCUGGAUAGUGGAAUGAAGAAGGAAAUGAUCAUGUCUGAUGCAGCAGUAGAGCAGAGGAGAGCUCUGAUCAAGAGAAAAAAGAGAGAACAAUUGGGGACUCAGGCUCCAGAAGUGAAAGGAUUAACAGAGGAGCAGCAGAAGAUGAUCCUGGAGCUUAUGGAUGCUCAGACGAAAACCUUUGACACCACAUUCUCCCAUUUCAAGGAUUUCUGGCUGCCAGGGGUACAGAGAAGUAACCCUGAGAUUCCCAAGCCCAUUGCUGCCAGUUCAGAGGAAGAAGCGGCCAAGUGGAACAGCAUCACCAAAGAGCUCUGCCCCAUCUCUCUACGGCUGCAGGAUGAAGAUGGCAGCAUUUGGAACUACAAGCCCUCAGCAGAUAGGUCAGGGAAAGGGAUCAUUUCCUUGUUGCCCCACAUGGCUGACAUGUCAACCUACAUGUUCAAAGGCAUCAUCAAUUUUGCCAAAGUCAUCUCCUACUUCCGAGAAUUGCCUAUUGAGGACCAGAUUUCGCUCCUGAAAGGGGGCACGUUUGAGCUGUGCCUCCUGCGCUUCAACACAGUGUUCAACGCAGAGACGGGGUCCUGGGAUUGUGGUCGGCUCUCCUACUACUUAGAAGACCCUGCAGGGGGCUUGCAGCAACUUCUCCUACAGCUGCUGAAAUUCCACUACAUGCUGAAGAAGCUGCAGCUGCAUAACGAAGAGUAUGUGCUGAUGCAGGCCAUCUCCCUGUUCUCCCCAGAUCGACCGGGUGUGGUCCAGCGCUGUGUAGUGGAUCAGCUGCAGGAGAGAUUCACCAUGGCGCUGAAAGCCUACAUCGAAUGCAAGCGGCCUCAGCCGGCUCACCGUUUCCUGUUUCUGAAGAUCAUAGCCAUCCUCACGGAACUCCGAAGCAUCAACGCCCAGCACACCAAGCAACUGCUGCAGAUUGAGAACAUCCAUCCCUUUGCUACCCCUCUCAUGCGGGAGUUAUUCAGCAUAAUAGACAGCUGAACAGCCCCCUCACUUUGAAGGCUGCCCGGGACCAAGCAGGCAGAAUACCUUUGACAGCAGCAAGCUCUGGCUAUCAGCCUUUGGAUGGACAGAAAUCAGCAAGAAUCAAGAUCUCUCCGUGGUCUGAUCUGCAGGGUCCAGCCUUAGCCUCUUGGAUUGGUCCUAGAGUCCAUUCAGGGCUCAGUCCCAUCUGACUUUCCUGGAGAAAAGUGAUUGUUUUCCUCUCAGUUUGUAAUUCUACCUCACCCUUCAUUUGUAGAUAAUGAAGCAUUUGGCAUAGUAACUCCCUGGCUUAUGAGUGCUGCAGUAGGGCAGAACAGAAGAGAUGCUGCUGGUCCAGAGAUGGAAUUCCAGUGAGACAUGUAGUGAUACCCUAUGAGCAGGAGAUGGGCAGAUUCAAGGCUCAGCUUUGGGUCUGCGGGACUACACCUAUGUUCAUUAGUACCUCAUUCAUUACUUUCCAUUCUUGUUCCCAAUUCUCCCUACAUAAACCCAGUCUCCACCUUUUCCCAUCUACUUCUCAAGAUUAUCUUGCAAGGAUUUAGCAAUUAAAAUUACACAAGGGAAGGGAAUGGGAAGAAGAAAGGAGAGGAAAGGAAAGGAAAGGGAAAGGAAAUGAAAGGGAAGGAAAAGAAAGGAAAGGAAAGGAAAGGAAGGAAAAGGAAAAGGAAAAGGAAAAAAAAGAAGAGAGGGGAGAAAGGAGAAAGGACAAAGGAAAAAGAAAGAGAAAGGAGAAAGGAGAAGCCAUAUUGCCCAACUGGCCAAUUCCAAAUAGGUCCUCACUGGGGCAUCUCCUCCUCCUAUAUGUCAUAGUUUUAGAACUAGAAAAGACCUUUGAAGCUAUCUAGCCCAAUUCCUUCAUUUCAUAUAUAGACAAGGAAAUUUGGAUAGAGAGGUGAUGUGAGCCAACCUGGUCACACAGCAAGAUAGUGGGAGAGCUAAGAUUUAAAUUCAAGUCUCCUGAUUUCUUAGGCCAUUAUUUCUCCUUCUACAUAUAUCAUGCUACUUAGUUUUCUCCUUUUUCUUCUGGGGGAAUGGUACAAAUAGAAAAGGGAAAAUUGAAAUUUAUGGAAUAUUUUUUUUUAUCCUUUGUAAAUUUAAAAGUCACUAUUGUUUUAGGAACAUAAAAAUGUAUCAUGUAUGUUUUGGCUUGUUCAUAAAAUGACAAUAUACCUGCUUGGGAUAUUAAAUUAAAAUUCUAGUCUAUUCA